UUCGGUGUUGCGUAGUUUUUACAACCGUUGUAAUUCAGUGUGCAUAUCAUUGAUCCGAUGGGCAUGAAAUUUUGACAAUUGAAUUCUCCACGACGCUAUCAGAUUUUAUCUUCGAGUCUCUCCCUAGUGAGUUUUGAUAGCCGAGUGCAAGAUGACUUUUAUACUAUACGAUAUAGGGUGUGAUCAUUAAUGGUAUUGGAGCCAUGAAAGAAAUGAGAGAAUAAAGAAAAAGUAAGGUUUGAAAAAAUUACUUGGAAUAAAAAGGGGAAAAAAAUGAGAAAACUGUCGCGAGACGUGGCAGUCAAAUGCUCUGAUUGUGCGAAAUUGAUAUAACGUGAUAUCGACUGAUGAUUAUAGUUAUAUUACAUUACAGUCAAUGACAAGCUGAGUAAUAAAUGAAACAAAAAAAAAAUACAAUUUUACCGUAAGACAUAACUCGAAGUUUACUGUAUCUGGCAACUAAAGAGACAGAAUCCUGGGCUAGAGAAUAAUACGUUAUAGUAAUAAUGAGAAACAGUAUAUAUGAUAACAAUUUAAUGUUAAGAGAGAUUUUUUGCAAGUACACUAGAAAGUAAUCACCAAUCUUUGCUUAUGCCCAAUUUGUACAAUAAUAGCAAUACCACGAGCAUAAUAAUCCGUACGGUGUACCGCAUUACGCAUGUAGGAUUUAACCGAUCGAAAGACAAAAACUAUUUCUUCACCCGCAGGCUUGUAUCGCUAGACGUUGAUAAUGCGGCAAAAUGAAUACGAUGGAAGCCUAAGUUCGUCCAUAACCAUUAUAGUACAAACACUGGCUAUAAUAAUUACAUAUUCUGACGUCGCUCACAUUUUCAUUAAUUCAAUGAACUAUUUUCUUAUUUGCUUUAAAAUCGUAUUCAAUUGUCCGACUCCCACUCCGUUACCGCAUCGUCCUACCGACAGGAAUACCUGUGAGUACAUCAUCUGAUAUCCAGCUGAGUAUAUUGGCACUGUAAAAUUUGAAAGACCAACAGAUCGCGGGCAAUGAUCACAGGGGGGGGGCGUGCGAGUUUCUCCUUUAUUCGCUCUUCGUGAUAUAUUGAUUGAAAAAAUUGUAGCCCUACGAAAGACGCCUGGUAAUGGAAACCAAAAAAAUCAAAUCAAACAAGCCAUCUUAAAUUCAUCCGGACAGCUUUUGGCUGAGAAUUCAAAAUUCAAUUUGGGUUGAGUGCGAUUUUUUUUUCUUUUUUUCUCUCUUGCCAAGUUGAAUCGAUUCAACUAUCAUUUUUUCCAAUCUCCAAUUCCGUAGUUUUAUCAGCCUCCGGUACCUUAUUCACAUCUCGACGUUGACUGACAUCCCGGCGAAACAGCAGUAGACCAAAUCCUUGUAACAAAUUUUAAAGGUAUCCAAACGUGAGAUUAUAAUUUUCCGAAAGCUAGUGAUAACGGUGAGUUUCAUCUGACGAUUAAAAGCAAUAAAAAAAAAAUAAAACAAAUCACCGCUGGAAUUUUCAUAUGAAAAUAACACAGUUUAACUGCAGUGCUAGUAUAAUUAGUCGGAGUGAAGAUAUUUUGCACAUAACCAGAAUAAAUAAUUACGAGAUAAGUUUAAUGUGUAAGUUCACAAUUUGCAUAGAAAAUGUACCCUUCAAUCCUUCGCUAUAGGUAUAUUACUCGAUCGUAUUAUACAUAUAUUAUAAUAUUACGAUUACACGCUAGAUGUAGAAGGCGAGGUUCAUCGGUUUCAACACGAUAAACAAAAACAGAUUACAAAAACCGAAUUUCGUUACGCUGAAAUUUGAAGCAAACUUCAUCACUCAAAUUAUAAGAUGAUAUCACGAUUCUUGAAUAGGGAGGAAAAGAAACUUUCGAAAUUAUAAAAAUUAUCUAUAACCAACAGGGGGAAACAAGAAAAAACAAACAAAAGGAUAAAUUCCACACGUGAUAUAAUUGAAAUCAUUUGUACAUAAUUUUAAGAGAGUAUACAUAUAUAUUAUAUGAAUAUCUAUAUAUAAAAAAAAAGAAAACCAAUAUAUUGUGUCGCAGAAACUUAUGGCCGGGAUAAACCAUACAAAAACGAUCUCAUCAAUUUAAUGAAAAUGCAAUUAGGUUCGACUGGGUUUUAAAAAUUUCAUGCAAGUUACGAACAUGUAAGUUUACCGUAACUUUUACUCUUUCAUUUUUCUUCCCUCAACUGGAACCCGAUGAUUUCCAGUUCGAUCGACCGACUGCAACUGACGCGAUUAUUUUUUCUCUUCGUUUUCCUACAUUUUUCGUUCGUUUCGGCAUUUUGUUAUAACGUAUCAUCUGGUGCUGAUUGUUCUUUUCCAAACGCAUACGGAAAAGACUCAAAAUUUCCUGAUAAUACCAUGAGGCUAAAAUAAUCGAGACAUGUUAUUCAAAUUUUUAUUCAAUGAGUGAUUCAAGUACAGGCGAUUACUUUUAAAUUUUAUAUUUUUCAUCAGCAAAUUUUAAUUAUUUUUUUUUCUAAUUGAAAAAAGAAAAAUUUCAUAUAUAUCAUAUCGAAGAGGAUACGGUAAACUUACCGUGGAUAAAUCAAGUUUACAGAUAAUUUGUAUGAAAUUUUUAACCGGUCAUCUUAUAACACAAAGACAUAAAUAUAUUAUUAUUAUUAAUAUUAAUAUUAUUAUACAUUGCUAUAUAAAAUAAGUUGAGACACAUGAUUCGAAACAUACAUUAGAUAAUUUAUUAUUUCAUUACAUUAUCGCGUUGAAAUUUCAUACACUAUACGUGUGUAUCGAGUAUAAAUCGGAUUAGAGAUUUUUAUUUUUUUCGUUUUCAAAUUACCUACGUAUUAUAAUUAUUUAAUUCAACAUACCUUUUAUCUAAGGGAAGAGAAAUUAAUUUCCAAAAAAUCGCGAGGUAUUCUACACCCGUAAUUACGAUAAAACUACCCAAUUGUCACUACUCGGCAUCACCUCGUAUCUAUAUAAGGUAUAUGAAUUAUUAUUUCAAUUUCGUUGAAUUUAUUUCAACGGUCGACAAAUAUUAAUAAUAAUAAUAAUAAUAAUACCAACGUUUAUACGAAAAAUAACGAUAAUGAUACUAGUAAUAAUAGCGACGAUAAUAAGCCUAUUGAAUUUAACGUUUGCCAGACUAAAAUUUCCGAGAUAAAACGUAAAUGGUUUACAUGCUCUAAUUAUUAAACGUCUGCACUAGAUAAAAUUUGUCUUCAGCGAUUAUUAUUAUUAUUAUUAUUAUUAUCGCUUUUAUUUGUCCAAAGACAGAAAAUAUGAUAGGUGUGUACAUUAAUUCCGAUACACGGUUCGAUAAUAAUCAAUCGCCUACUGUAUAUGGUCUUAUUAUUUUUUAUUAUUUUUAUUGAAUGAAAAAUUUGUGAAAAUCUGUAAAAUUAACAUUCGGUUAAACGCGUUACACGAAACAAGUUCUUCGAUUAAAAAACAAUGAUAACUCACGCCGAUAGAUUCGAUAGCGUCGAAGAUUUUUUUUCUUCUUCGUUCUUCAUCUUUCCUUACACACCUUAUCCAGUUGCAGAUAUGUUGAAAGAGAAAUAAUUGGAAUGAAAUAAAUAAAACGAAAUGAAAUAAUAAUGUGAAAAAUGCAUAAUAAUAAUAUUGUGUAUCAGUAUAAUAAACUUCUAGUAAUACGAAGAUAAUUGGAUGGUGAUUUAGCAUCGAAGCUGUAAGCUUAAAAAAUUGGUUUAUUUUAGAUGUUUAAAAUGAAAUAAUAUUACGGAGUUCAUUAGCCAUUGAUUAUUAUAAUUAAGAUGAAUAUCUAUAAAUAUAUAACUAGGUAGUAUGUAUACUAAUGGAAUACAUAACAUAGCAAUGGUUACCAGAAUUUGUCUAAUAUUUGUGGCUACUUCUAUUUAUUACCAUGUAAUAUUAUAUACACAUAUAAUAUCGAUUUAAUUUAAUUGUACAUGAUAUUACGUAUAACGAGGAAUAUGUUCUUUUACCAGUUGUUCAAAUUGUAUGACGGGUAAUUUAUUAUUUUUCGCCUCCUUUCAUCGAUUCAUCUGAUUUUAUCCAUUUAUUUUUUCGAUUUUUAUUUUCUUUCGAAAUUCGACUAACGGAACAAAGAUGAACAACAAAGGCCAACGAUUGACGUCAAUAAUUCUGCUAGAGAAAUUCCAUAAUUUUCAAUGAAAGUAAAUGGAAAAAAGAGAAGAAAACGUAAAUGCGAAGUAACAAAGUUAUAUAUUUAUCUAUCGGAAUUAUAACGAUAAUAUGAUUACGAUUAUUAACAUAUAGUUAUGUAUAAAGAAAAUGAGAUGACGAAAGAAACAUAUACGAUAUACCUAUCCUAUAGAAAAUACACCUAUGAUUCGAUGCGCUUUUUUGAAACGCGUCCGCGGAGAGAAUGAUAAAAAGAGAGAAAAAAAAAUAAUAAUUACGUGGUAAAUACGUUACAUUAAAGACAAAAAUAGAAUUAGAAUCAAAAAAAUUUUGCGAUCGAGACGAUCGCGACAAUUCGUAUGUGUAUAAUGAUGACAAUUUAUCAAGGGGUAAAAGUAACAUAUUUUUUUAAAAUAAUAAAACGGACUUGUUUGCAUCGCUGUCCGUCUUGCGAUGUGAAUGACCUUAAGAGUAAUUAUUUCACCAAUAAAAUUAUAUAUUAAUGAUAUAUCAUAUAUAUAUAUAUAUAAAAAUAAAUAUUGAAGCGUUAGAUAUAUAUAUACAGAUACAUUAUAUAUGAAAGAUUAAUUUUUAAAUAAAAAUAAUAUUACCUCUGAACGAAGAAAUAAAAGUAAAAAUUAAUAUAACUCGAAUUACUUUUUAAAAUAGGAUAAAACGGAUAAUUUAUUUAUUUUUUUAUUUUUUUUUUCUUCUUCCGUUCCGUACGAUUAAUUUAAACAGAAAAUCUCAUACACUAACACGCGUAUACUAUACAUAUAUAUUAUAGACACACACGUAUAUAAUUAUACGCGAUAUUUAUACAUACCGUAUACAUAUAUUUAUAUUGUAAGACUUUCAAGCGAUUAUUGUUGAAAUUGAUACAAAAGCCAUAGAUUGUAAGUUAUAUCAAUAGUCGAUACAUAAUUAUUGUUUCAUAAGGAAAUUUUCGGGCGAACUUCUGGUAUAGGUACAAUAAAGUGAAUGAAAAUGUAGCGUCCGUCGGUACACGCGUGGUUUUUAUACAAGAGACUCGCCAAAAGCAUGCCUAUAAAAGACGAACGAAGAAAUGAGUGAAUAAAAUGAAGAGAAAAAAUUAAAAAAAUUAACAAAAAAAAAAAAAAUCAUAAAGGGAAAGAAAGGAAAGAAAGAGUAUGACGACGAUUACGAUUGAAAUGAUAAUAUAUUAUAAAACACACACAUUAAUUUUAUUGAACAUUAUAUUUUAUUAUAAUAAUUAUUACACAUAUACAAUAUCAUGUUACAUAUAUACAUAUAAUAUACGUUAUAUAAUAACUUCGCUAAAAUGUUAUUAAUUUUUAAUUUUUUCUUUCCUCUUGUUUGAGCCCUAAUCUGAUUCUUUUUUAAUUUGACCUCACUUGAUUCGCUAGAGGUUUUUUAUUAUUUUUUGUUAAUUUGUUUUGACGAAAUUCGUUGUUGGAAUAAUAUUCUAGCUAUUAUUUCAAUACACACUUACGGACUAUUACGUACGUUGGGAUGAGGUAGAAGAAAAUCGUUGAAAGAUAAAAAUACGUUUGAAAAAUCAGAACUGCUGAAUUUUCAGUUGACGCGGAAAAAAAAAUAAAAAAAAAAAAUAACUCCAUUCGAAGCAUACCGGUAUAACGAAUAAUAGGCUCAUUGUCAGUAGUGAAAAAUAGAAUUGAAUUUCAUGCUCAUCCAAUUGUAUAAGAGAAAAAUAUUAAUUCUCGAUCGAAGGUUAUAGGUUCGAUUAUAGUCGAGGGCGAUUGCACGUUUGGAUAUGUAUCAUAAGUAUAUAAUUUCAUGUAAUUUAAUCGAAAUGAAUAUUCAUGAAUUACAUAUAAACUAUAAUGUGUAAGUCGAAUAUUUAAUGUAUCACGAUGUCGUAAGAAAUAUAUAUAUACGAGUAUUUUACCUUAAAAUUAGCACCGAUCGACUUGUGCUGAAUUAUUUCGACGGACUUCCGCUGGCCCUUGUUCAAUCGUCGAUCAAAAGACGGAAAUUCGGAGUCCGUCAGUCAGUCGCCGGCAAGGGACCCGGAAGGUCAGGUCUGGUCAGAUUUCGAGAACAGAAAAACCUACGAACUAUUACCUCCCAUCUUACCCCACUUCGACAUCAGAUACCAGAAUCCCUCAACCGAAUUGAGCUUCCGUCAAAAUCGAUCGAGUAAUCCGCGCCUCCUUAUUCCACAUUCCUUAUCAACGAGCUCUGGGAAUUCGGUGUAUCCAAUCGCGACCGCAUAAAAACUAGCGAAUACCAAUAUCGCCGCUCGUGUGCAGCGCGUGCGGAAAAUAUUCCCAUCGUAUUUUUAUCGCUUUAAAUUUCCACGUUCAAAGCGCAAGGUCGUUCGCAAAUUGCGGAUUGCGAUCGUAAAACUGCCGCUUGUGCCGCGGUACGUACGUACGUACCAUCGCCGGCAAUCGAAACGCCGGAGAAAUAUCCGGUCGAAAUUCGUUCGGCGUAAUGCGACGUUUUUUUUUCUCCCGACAUUUAUUUUCCAGUAGGUACGCGACCGCGUCGCGAAAAUAUCUGAAGUUUUCAGAGCGUCCAUUCGUCGGUCGACAUGAAGAUUAGCGAGAUGAAGCUCUUCGCGUUCGUCGUCAUCUUCUCAAUCGUCGUGGCGGAUUUAUCCGCGGAAGCUAUCUCCCGAUCGAAAAUUCGGAGGCAAUGGAUGGAACCGGAGGAGGAAUCGGGAUUCUCUAACGUCAAUUCGAACUCCAAUCUCAAUAGAAAUAACGGAAUGACGACCUACCAGAGAUCCUUUUCCUUCCGAAGGAACGAUCGAAAUUCCAAUGCGAACUCUAACGUCAAUAUGAACUUCAAUGCGAACUCUUGACUUUUAGUCCAACGAUCUUUGUAAUAACGAAUAUUGUCAGAUAUGUAUCUUGAUCGUUACGAAUAAUACUGUAACUGAAACUGAAACUCCCGUGACGUGUUCGAUUCAAAUUUUAUCGGCAGCGUGCGGCGAACAAGGCGAACGCAUUUUGCGAAUUCCAUUUGCGGUAUGCGGUCAAAUGAAGGCGAUCAAUUUUCCGGGUAAAGAUAACGGCAGCGAAUAAUAAAUCGACGCUGGUCAAAUAAUAAUUGUCGUAAAUCUCGGAACGACUAUCGGCUAACGAUUUUACAGCCGAGUUUAUUGCGGAUCGAACAAAUCGGAAAACUGUAAGAGAGGAACGAAUAAAUAAAUAAAUAAGCGAACGGAUGCUAUCUGAAUUAUUAAAAUUCCCAAUCUGAUCUCGCCCGCCUUCUUUUAGCGCACAUUUCGCAACGGCUCCGCGAUUGUACACGCGCGUCAUUCGAACGACGACGACGCGAAUAACGUUCAAAGUGGCGGAAAACACCGGCCGCCCCACCGACAGCGGAAAAUCACCGGCGUCCGGAUAAAAUAUACGUAAUUAUCGUUUCGCCGGCCAGUUAAACGUAACCUGUCGCACCUCCUCCGAUCGCACCGGAUCAAACUAGAGGCGAUCAUGCCCGCGAACAUCCGUUGAAUGAUAUUAACCGGAGGUUGUACGAGCGAGGCCCCGAUACCACGAGAUUCCCAUCCGAUCGACAGCGAUGAAGUUUCUACCCCAACUGCUGAACCUCCUCGCCGCGGCCGCGGCUCUGGAAAUGCUACCCGACACUUUCAUACAAAAUCACAACGUCAACAUAAUACUGAACGUCGACGCGAAGGAGAUAGCGAACGAAUUGUGGAAGGUGAUGGAAUCCCACCUCAACCGGACGGGGGGUGAACCGAAAACGAGGAGGCUGCUCGAAAAAAGCGCGGUGAACGAACUGGAGCUAUUGGUCAGGAGAUACGUUCAGCCGUCCAGAAGACUGAGCCCCCUAGCCGAAUACGAACUCGCGCAGAAUUUCGAGAAAAUUGUUGAAAAAACGGCACCCCCCACGCUCGGACGAGUCGAGGACGUCGUCGACGACAUGAUGUGGGUGACGAAAAAUUUGAUCGAGGAGAAAAAGCGGCCGGUAGACAAGAAGAGACCUACGGCUAACCCGGACGCGGUUAAAAGUUUCGCUCACAUAAUGCAGCACAUGAUGAGGAGUUUGAAAUCGAUCGAAAAGGGCGUCAAAGAGUUCGCGGAAUUGGUCAACAAGACCGACGCUAGAUCGACGAAUCGCGAGAACCGUCGCGGACUCGAAGGAGACGAUUGCGAUAUGGACGCGAAGUGAAUCAUGAGCGCGACGAUUCGUGGGGUUAAAAAACGAGCGAAAAAAAUUACCGCGGCGAGUAAGUAAUUAAAUGUGUAUAUAAUAAAAUAAAAAGCGAUGGGUAUAUCGUA